CCCACAUCAGCUGGGACAAUUUUCACUUGUUUUGGAAAAGCAUUAAAAACGAAAAAUGUCGUCCUUUGAGCAGACGGCCGAGGAAAGAGCCUUAUUACUGGAGAAAGCCAAACGAAGGGCCGCACUCCGAAGUGAAUUCUUGAAGCAAACAUCCAAUCCGUUCCGGCAUGGAGAAGGUGGCCAUCUGUUCGAUAGUGCUUUGCUACGCCACCAGUCUAUGCGUAUAAGUGCCGUUGAUUAUUUCCGGCCCACCACAAAAUCGUUACGAUCUUUGUUGCUGGUCGUCGUACCGAUGUUGACCUACGGAUACUGGAUCAAAUCGGAUCGCGAUCGCCGAGAACAAGAGUACCGUACCGGUCAAAUUUCGUACAAGGAUCGUCGCUUCAAGUUCAUCUAAGCGUUGUGAUUGCCCAUUAUUAUGUAGAGCGUGGGACGUUGUUCUAUCGGCGGUGCCAACGCCAAUUUAAAACAAGCAAAAGGAGAAAAAUGUAGAAAUGGAAAUUAAUUUGAAUAAAAUUGAAAAAUUUAAAAC